CAAUCCAACACCAUUAUUUAAUACAAUCAGAUAAUCAGAAAGGUGAAACAACUUAACAAGAAGCAGCAAAUCCCAAGUGUGAGGAGAGAGAAAAUGAUGGGAACAGGGAAGACAGUGUGUGUUACCGGAGCAUCAGGUUACAUCGCUUCAUGGCUCGUCAAACUCCUUCUUCAGCGCGGUUACACUGUUAAAGCUACCGUUCGUGAUCCCAGAAAUGCAAAUAGAAGUGUCUGCAAAUCAUUGAUUGUUCGUGGAUAUGAUCCAAAGAAAGUAGAGCACUUGCGCUCUCUAGAUGGAGCGGAGGAUCGUCUUCACUUGGUUCCUGCAAACCUCUUGGCGGAGGGCUCUUUUGAUGACGCUGUGGAGGGGUGUGAAGGUGUUUUCCACACUGCUUCCCCCUUUUAUCAUGAUGUUAAAGACCCACAGGCUGAGCUGCUUGAUCCUGCGGUGAAGGGAACUCUUAAUGUUCUCAGUGCCUGUGCAAAAGUCCCAUCAAUCAAAAGAGUGGUUCUUACAUCUUCAAUGGCAGCAGUUGCAUACAAUGGAAAACCUCGAACUCCUGAGGUGGUAGUUGAUGAAAGUUGGUUUACGGAUCCAAAUCUUGCUAGGGAAUCACAGAUGUGGUAUGUUCUUUCUAAAACAUUGGCCGAAGAAGCUGCAUGGAAUUUUGUGAAAGAGAAAGGUAUUGACAUGGUGACUAUAAAUCCAGCUAUGGUUAUAGGACCAUUGUUACAGCCAACACUUAACACAAGUGCAGCUGCAAUAGCAAAAUUGUUAAACGGAUCAGAAAGUUAUGGUAAUGUCGCUUUAGGCUGGGUCCAUGUUAAAGAUGUUGCCAUGGCACAUAUCUUGGCAUUCGAGGUCCCUUCAGCUAAAGGAAGGUAUUGUUUAGUUGAAAGCGUUGCCCAUUAUGCAGAUGUUGCGAAGAUUUUGAAAGAGCUCUACCCUAACGCCCCACUCCCUGAAAAGUGUGCGGAUGACAAGCCUUUCGUGCCAGUCUACCAGGUCUCGAAAGAGAAAACUCAAAGUUUGGGCAUCGACUAUAUUCCUCUUAAAACAAGCUUGAAGGAGACUGGUGAAAGCUUGAAGGAGAAGGGAAAUGGGAAGAAAGUGUGUGUAACAGGUGCAUCUGGUUACAUAGCUUCAUGGCUCGUCAACUUCUUGCUUCAACGUGGUUAUACUGUUAAUGCUACUGUUCGUGACCCAUAUGAUUCUAGAAAAACAGAGCAUUUGUUGGGACUAAAGGGAGCAAAGGAAAGACUUCAUCUGUAUAAAGCAGAUUUAAUGGAUGAAGGCUCCUUUGAUGCUGCUGUUGCUGGAUGUGAAGGUGUUUUUCACACAGCUUCUCCUGUGAAUUUCGACGCCAAAGAUCCUCAGGUUGAUUUACUAGAUCCUGCGGUUAAAGGAACACUCAAUGUUCUUGUGUCUUGUAAGAAGUUUCCCACUAUAAGACGGGUGAUUUUAACUUCGUCCACUGCUACAUCUAUAUUUACUGGUACAACUUUGGCUCCUGAUGUGAUGGUUGAUGAAACUUGGUUUUCUGAUCCUGAAAUCUGUAAGGGCUCAAAUAUGAUGUCUUAUGCUCUCUCAAAAGUAUUAGCUGAAGAAGCAGCUUGGAAAUUUGCCAAAGAGAAUGAUAUCGACAUGGUGUCAAUCAACCCUUCUAUGGUCAUAGGUCCGAUGUUGCAAUCAACUGUUAAUGACAGUGUAGCUUCCAUAUUGAACUUGAUUAAUGGGUCUGAAUCUUAUCCAGACUUAGUUUGUCCAUGGGUACAUGUUAAAGAUGUAGUGGAAGCUCAUAUACGAGCAUUUGAGAUCCCUUCAGCUGCUGGACGAUAUAUUUUAGCUGAACGAGUGUUACAUUUUUCCGAUGUUUUGAAGAUAUUGCAUCAGAUUUAUCCGUCUUUCAAGCUUCCUAAUAAGUGCGUGGAUGUUGGGCCUCUACCAAAAAUAUGUUACCAAGUUUCAAAAUCUAAAGCUAAAAGUUUGGGUAUCGAGUAUACUCCUUUUGAAGUAAGCCUUAGGGACACUGUUGAAAGUUUGAAAGCCAAGAAUUUUGUAUAAUUUGUAGGACGUGAAAUAGUUGUUGGUCUGCGUGAUGUCUCUGAUCGUUUAUCAAUGUGAAUGAAGUUUUAAGUAAAUCAAAUCAAACACUUGAAAGAUGUGGGAAAAAACGAGUUAUAAGAGUUGAUUGUGCUUAGGAAA